AUGGCCGAUACUAUUGCAGAGGUAGUCUUGGUGUUUAUAGUCGUGGGGUUUGUGGACUUGGUGUCAAGGAUGAGGGCUCAGCUGUUAUGGGACAGCCGGAUCGGGCACAGUUCUGAACCUUUAAUAGCAGUUGCACGGUUGCAGUGCUUGUGUUUCACCUCAAUAAAUUCUCUCAGAAAGUGGGCAAUUUCUGAAUUGAUUAAACCCCCAGAAGUCAUCAAAAGGGCACAAGAUGAGUUUCAAAAGAAUGUGGCGAGCAAUGUAAAAUCAAUACCAGCCAAGGCUAGAGCAAUCACUAAUCUUUGGGCAAUUGGAAGGGACCCCAGGCACAGGGUUGAGGCUGAGAAACUUAAUCCAGGGCGGUUUAUUGACUCUAAAAUAGAUUAUAAGGAAACCAUGCAUUUUGAACAUAUCCCAUUUGGUGCUGGAAGAAGAAGGAUCUGUCCUGGAAUAUCAUUUGCUCUACAAAGCAUUGAGUUUAUGCUUGCACAAUUGUUGUUCCAUUUUGAUUUGAAGCUGCCUGGUAAACUGAACCAAGAAGAACUGGACAUGACUGAGAAAUUUGGGGUGACAAUGAGGCGGAAACAAAUGAUCUGA